CACACGCGCAGUGACGAGCGAGGAGGGUGUGUUGGACACUGCCGGCCAUGACAAACCGCUUCGAGUUUACAGAGAGCGAGAUCGCUACGCUCAAGGGACUGGGACGUGAAGUAUGCACGAUCGUCGCCUACGCCGCCCGACGCACAGACAAGUCGACUGUGCGAUGGACAUCCGUCAAGCCAACCUCGACGACGGACCCCGUGGACCUCUACGUUGGUGAGUGUCCGGUGAACGACACGCUGACGUUUAUGUGCGGUGUCACGCGCGUCCGCGGCGUCAGCGUCGAACAAAUUGCGAGUCUACUCAACGCACAUGCCGACCACGCGCCAGCGUUCCACGCAGCGUUCUACGGAGACUUGAUUCAUUACGAAAAGCUCGUGUCCAUCCGUGCGCAAUCCAAGCAGUUUCCCCGCCACGCCAUUUCCGUGAAGUCGGCCACGAUGCCCAGCCCAAGUCGGUCUAUUGCGCCGCGCGACUUCGUCUACUUGGAGGCGCAAGAAGACAUCAUGGACACGACCCGCAUGACGCGGGGAUGGGUGUGUGCGAUGCACUCGAUCGACUACGCGCCGCUGUCGUCGCAUCGCCCGCUUCCGUCGAACCACCACCGGUCCAAGGAUAUUGUGCGCGGCCGCCUCUUCCGGUCCGGCAUUGUCGUUAACGAAACCAAAGAUGAAAACAACGUCGUGGAAGUGACGUACCUACUGCAAAUUGACUUUGGGGACGUGGCCAUCCCGCUAGACGUUCGGCGGCUCAUGAUGGCGCAGCGCCUCCACAGUCUGCGCUACCUGAACGACCACUUCCGCAACAGCCACGAUGUGCGGCGGGUGCGAUCCGUGUCGUCGUCGGGGUCGCCCGUCGAGCUUCCGAUGCGACUCCCCCCCGCUAACGCCGCCGACCCGCCUACUGCUUCUGGCCACCUCAUCCCAAACAACCACAGCCUCGUCGGGACGUCGCGGUGCUGCCGCGGCUGCGGGUCCAAGUUUCAUCUGCUGCAGCGCAAGUACCCGUGCCGAGGCUGUGGCGACGUAUUUUGUUCGCAUUGCUGCGUCCACCAACGCCUCGCGCCUGGUCUGGGCGGGGACAAAAUCUCGCUGUGCCACGUGUGCGUCGACAAAGCCGGCAGAACCACCAACCAGCAACUACACCAAGUCGCCCCUAAUCGAAACCUACUUCUGCUCGAAAACGGCCGGCGGUCGGUGGUAUCGCUCCCUCGAACGACCUCGGGCUCGAUGCCCCGAACGACCUCGGGCUCGAUGGCGCGAACGUCGUCGGGCAUGGAACAGCGCGUGCAAGAGAACGGGGGAGGACCGCGACCGCCGCUGUCCCGACCCGCCGUCCCGCGCUCCAAGGCCGAACCACAACUCGACGACGAUGACGACAACGCCAUCAUCCUGAAAAAUCGAUACGUGGCGCCGCCGCCAACGUCCGUCGCAUAUCCGGACGAGGACGACGCCGCAUUAUUUUUCCGACGCCCGUCGCCGCCAAGUCUGGACGGCUCGUCCGGAGACCAAUCGUACUACUUGGGCGGAACGCCGCCGCAAAUGCCCUUGGACGAGACGACGAAUCAACCUCGUCGGAUAUCUCGCCGCCAUCCUCAUGUGUCCGAGGAAGGGGGCUCUCUGGAAGGUGGGGCGGUUGUGAACCUGGGCGACAUUGGCAACGCGUCGGACGCGCUGGCCGCGCUCGCGUCUGGCGAGCCGUUGCUGGCGGCCGCCCACGUCAUCGCAGAUUCCCCCGUGGCCCGGGGUCCGUCGCCUCGGUCGUCGGCGUUUCUCGAGCACGAAGCCGACAUUCUCGAGAGUCUGGUGGACAACACGUCGGAAUGGCGCGGCCAAGUGGAGCCCAUCCGUCGACCCCGGCGCGGCUCGGCGGUCGUGGACCUCCGCGACAUCAAGAACGCCUCCGAGCUGCUACAGAAGCUCGAGCAUCAGGAAGCCCCUGCGACAUCGUUUUUGGACCUGCAACGACGUCCGUUUUCCCCACCGCCAGCGUUGGCCCAGCUCGCCGUGCAUCCUCCCAACCCCCCCAAAACCGCCGACGACACGCCGUCGCAGCGUACGAUCGAGGCGGCCGCGGCACUGCUGCCACCGCUGCAACCCAACCAAGACGCCGUGACAUUCCGGACGUUUGCGCCGCCUUGCGUCUCUAGAGAUGCCACGUUCGACUUGACACUGUGGACGAAUGUCGUCCACUCCCGGCGAGGGGAACGGGAACAACAGCUCGACGACGACGACGACGGCGCCAGUAGCGUGGUGCCGUUCCGACGCGGUGCGCUCGUGCAUGUGUCAAUGGCCGCGCCGGACGGGUUCCAUAUUGCUGUCGCGAAUACACCCGACGAAUCCACCGAUGCGACGGCGAAGACGACAACGACGACCAUAAACACCACCAUGACAUGGAUAGGGGACUCGUCGUGUAUCACCUUUCGCAUACAAGGGAGCACGCCCGACCACCACCCCGUCGUCAAGCUCGGCCAAGCUGUGUUUGUGGCCACGCUGGUCGUGGGGACGUGUGUGGUCGUGGUGCGUUCGUUCGUGUUUAUCACGAGUAACCGCGGCGAGUCGUUUGAAGUCGCGGAGCUGCGACGAGAAGUCGACGUCGUGCCAGUAAAGCAUCGCCCCAUCCCCUUCCACGACCUCCGCCUCCGCAACCUCGUGUCGCACGCGCCGUCCGGAUUGUCCUACCUGGCAGACUACCAACGCCAAGAGGUCGUAGUUCGCAUGGUGCGGUCUCCUCUUCCUGUUGCCGAUAUCCCCCCCUAUAAUAAUGACGGCAACAAUACCAACCACAAGGGAAACCGCGUCACUACUCCAACAGACUUCGAGCGAACGGCCGCCAUCUUGACAGUGCUGGGCCACCAUCCCCAUGUUGAGUCUGUUGUUGGGGCUACGACUGACGUCAACGAGCCGUGGGCCAUCGUCAGUGUCUACACCCCGCACGCGUGCAAACUGGACGUGUUGCUGCACGAGAACCAUCGCCCCCCUUGUCGGAAUAUGCCAGCAACUACGUUGCUUUCGCAAAUCGAUAAGGACCGCAUCCUGUGCGACAUUGCCCUUGGCCUGCUCAACGUCCACGAAGCGGGGUACGUUCUGCGGGACAUUAGCGCGCGGCACUGCGCCGUGGACAAAGUCACGAAGCGAGCUAUGCUGACCGAGUUGUUCCCAGUCGUUCCAAUAACGAAUGUACCAACUAACGGAAGUGGACAAGAGUCCACUGGUCGUCGCCCUGGGUCAUUUGAGCAAGAUAGCAACAUGGCUGCCCUCAAGUACUUUGCCCCUGAGAGCCUCCAGCCCCCCCAUACAUUUACAUCCAGUUCAGACGUGUAUUCGUUUGGCGUGUUGAUGUGGGAGACGUAUACGGAGGCGCGGCCGUUUGGAAACUUGACAGGCGCUGAAGCCGCUGCGUGGGUCGUGGAGGGCGGACGGCUUGACCAUGUAUCGGACAUCCCAGUGGACCACCGAGAUCUGCUGGUACAGUGUUUUCAAGAAGUGCCAUCGAAACGCCCGAGUGUAGCCGACAUUGUGGCGCACUUUCGGAUGGGGUUGCUUGCAAACGCCAAAACAAGCCACUGGACGGAAAUAGGACGAGGCGGGGCGGAUGGACAUCCUUGACGAGAUAGAGUGUACUACUACUACUAGUAGUAGUUACGACGAACGAUACAGUAUGAUUCUUGCAUGGAAAAUAACGUCAUGUAUGUACUUUCUA